CAGACGAAGGCACCGAAAUCAGUAUUGUCGCCGCCGACGCCGUUCGCUCCUCAAGACUUACAUCAUGGCACGCGGACCGAAAAAACACUUGAAGCGCCUUGCUGCACCCUCCUCAUGGAUGUUGGACAAGUUGAGCGGUACUUACGCUCCCCGUCCUUCUCCUGGUCCCCACAAACUCCGUGAAUCGCUCCCCCUCACCAUUUUUCUUCGCAACAGGUUGAAAUAUGCACUGAACGGCCGUGAAGUUACCUCAAUCGUCAAGCAGCGAUUGAUCAAGGUCGAUGGCAAAGUGCGCACAGACACUACCUACCCUACUGGCUUCAUGGACACCAUCUCUAUCGAGAAGUCCGGCGAGCACUUCCGCCUCCUCUAUGAUGUCAAGGGUCGUUUCACCAUCCACCGCAUCACUGCUGAGGAAGCCUCUUACAAGCUCCUCAAAGUCCGCACGGUUGCUCUCGGUGCCAAGGGUGUUCCCCAUGUCGUCACUCACGACGGCCGCACCAUCCGUUAUCCUGACCCUGCCAUCAAGGUCAACGACACUCUCAAGUUUGACCUUGAGUCGGGAAAAAUCACCGAAUUCGUUCACUUUGAUACCGGCAACAUUGUGAUGAUUACUGGCGGACGUAACAUGGGUCGUGCUGGUGUCAUCACACACCGCGAGAAGCAUAUUGGUGGUUUCGAUAUCGUGCAUGUCAAAGAUUCUUUGGACAGGACGUUCGCCACCCGUAUUUCCAACAUCUUCGUCAUCGGUGAUGGUUCAAAGCCCUGGAUAUCACUACCCAAGGGCAAGGGUACGAAGCUUACCAUCUCGGAGGAGAGAGAUCUCAGGAGGAGACAGCGGGCUUCUGCCGAACAAUAG